GGACCACGGGGGGGUCGGGCAAAACAGCGCCGUCCGCCGCUCACGUCUCUCUUCCACCGGGCUGCUGCUCCUUCUUCCCCCUGGAUCUCACUGCAAUGGCGGAACAGCAGCAAUUCUACCUCCUGCUGGGCAACCUUAUGAGCCCCGACAACGGCAUCAGGAAGCAGUCAGAGGAAACUUACGAUGGGAUUCCCGGUCAGAACAAGGUGACCUUUCUGCUGCAGGCCGUCAGAGAUGCGACUGGCACAGAGGAGGUGAAGCAGAUGGCGGCAGUGCUCCUGCGCAGGCUGCUGUCCUCCUCCUUCGAGGAGAUCUACCCGGGGCUGACGGUGGAGAUGCAGACGGCCGUGAAGACGGAGCUCCUGGCCAGCAUCCAGACCGAGGCCUCACCCAACAUCCGCAAGAAGGUCUGCGACAUCGCCGCCGAGCUGUCGCGCAACCUCGUCGGUGACGACGGGAACAACCAGUGGCCAGAGCUCCUUAAGUUCCUGUUCGACUCGGUCAACUCCCAGGACGUGAGCCUCAGGGAGUCGGCCCUGCACAUCUUCUGGAAUUUCCCGGGGAUCUUCGGGAACCAGCAGCAGCAUUACAUGGAGGUCAUCAAACGUAUGCUGGUCCAGUGCAUGCAGGACCAGGAAAACCCACAGAUCCGCACCCUGGCCGCCCGUGCAGCCGCCUCCUUCGUCCUAUCCAACGAGGGCAACACCCCCCUCCUCAAACACUUCUCCGACCUGCUGCCCGGCAUCCUGCAGGUGGUGAACGAGUCCUGUUACCAGGCCGACGACUCUGUGCUCAAGUCCCUGGUGGAGAUCGCCGACACGGCGCCGAAAUACCUGAGGCCCAACCUGGAGGCUACGCUGCAGCUCAGCCUCAAGCUGUGCGCAGACACCAACCUGAACAACAUGCAGAGACAGCUUGCUUUGGAGGUGAUUGUCACGCUGUCGGAGACCGCCGCAGCCAUGCUGCGCAAACACACCGCCAUCGUGGCCCAGAGCGUUCCCCAGAUGUUGGCCAUGAUGGUGGACCUGGAGGAGGACGAGGAGUGGGCCAUGACCGACGAGCUGGAGGAGGACGACUUCGACAGUAACGCAGUGGCUGGGGAGAGCGCUCUGGACCGCAUCGCCUGUGGGCUGGGAGGCAAGAUCGUCCUGCCCAUGAUCAAGCAGCACAUCAUGACCAUGCUCCAGAACCCGGACUGGAAGUACCGUCACGCCGGCCUCAUGGCGCUGUCCGCCAUCGGGGAGGGCUGCCACCAGCAGAUGGAGGCCAUCCUGAGCGAGAUCGUCAGCUUCGUCCUGCUCUUCUGCUCCGACCCCCAUCCCAGAGUCCGCUACGCUGCCUGUAACGCCAUCGGGCAGAUGGCCACAGACUUUGCCCCAACCUUCCAGAAGAAAUUCCACGAUAAGGUGAUAUCGGCCCUGCUUCAGACCAUGGAGGACCAGACCAACCCCCGGGUGCAGGCCCACGCGGCCGCCGCCCUCAUCAACUUCACAGAGGACUGCCCCAAGUCCCUGCUGGUGCCCUACCUGGAGAGCCUGGUGCAGCACCUGCACGUCAUCAUGGUGGCCAAGCUCCAGGAGUUGAUCCAGAAGGGUACCAAGCUGGUUCUAGAGCAGGUGGUGACCUCCAUCGCCUCGGUGGCGGACACGGCGGAGGAGAAGUUUGUGCCGUACUACGACCUCUUCAUGCCGUCGCUAAAGCACAUCGUGGAGAACGCCGUCCAGAAGGAGCUCCGCCUCCUCCGGGGGAAGACCAUUGAGUGCAUCAGCCUCAUCGGCCUGGCCGUCGGCAAGGAGAAGUUCAUGCCCGAUGCCUCGGCCGUGAUGCAGCUGCUGCUGAAGACCCAGACUGACUUCAACGACCUAGAGGACGACGACCCCCAGAUCUCCUACAUGAUCUCAGCGUGGGCGCGCAUGUGUAAGAUCCUGGGGAAGGAGUUCCAGCAGUACCUCCCCGUGGUGAUGGGCCCGCUAAUGAAGACCGCCUCCAUCAAGCCCGAGGUUGCCCUGCUGGACACCCAGGACAUGGAGAAUAUCUCUGAGGACGACGGCUGGGAGUUUGUGAACCUGGGCGACCAGCAGAGCUUCGGCAUCAAGACGGCCGGCCUGGAGGAGAAGGCCACGGCCUGCCAGAUGCUGGUGUGCUACGCCAAGGAGUUGAAGGAGGGCUUUGUGGAGUACACGGAGCAGGUGGUGAAGCUCAUGGUGCCGCUGCUCAAGUUCUACUUCCAUGAUGGUGUGCGCGUGGCCGCGGCGGAGUCCAUGCCCCUCCUGCUGGAGUGUGCGCGGGUGCGCGGCCCCGACUACCUCACACAGAUGUGGCACUUCAUGUGUGAUGCGCUCAUCAAGUCCAUCGGCACCGAGCCCGACUCCGACGUGCUGUCGGAGAUCAUGCACGCCUUCGCCAAGUGUGUGGAGCUGAUGGGCGACGGCUGUCUGAACACAGAGCACUUUGAGGAGCUGGGAGGCAUCCUGAAGGGCAAGCUGGAGGAGCACUUUAAGAACCAGGAGCUCAGACAAGCCAAGCGACAGGACGAGGACUACGACGAGCAGGUGGAGGAGACAUUACAGGACGAGGACGAGAACGACGUGUACAUCCUGACCAAGGUGUCUGACAUCCUGCACUCGGUGUUCAGCGCCUACAAGGAGAAGGUGCUGCCCUGGUUCGAGCAGCUCAUGCCCCUCAUUGUGCAGCUCAUCUGCCCCAGCCGUCCGUGGGCAGACCGGCAGUGGGGUCUCUGUAUCUUCGACGACGUGGUGGAGCACUGCAGCCCCACCUCCUUCAAGUACGCGGACCUGUUCCUGCGGCCCAUGCUGCAGUCCCUGGUGGACGCCAGCCCCGAGGUCAGGCAGGCCGGGGCCUACGGCGUGGGCGUCAUGGCGCAGUACGGCGGCGAGAGCUACCGGCCCUUCUGCACCGAGGCGAUCGCGCUGCUGGUUGGCGCCAUCCAGGCGGCGGAGUCGCGCUCAAAGGAGAACGUCAACGCCACUGAGAACUGCAUCUCGGCCGUGGGCAAGGUGAUGCGUUUCAGGCCCGAAUGCGCCAACGUCACCGAGAUCCUCCCCCAUUGGCUGGCCUGGCUGCCACUCAACGAGGACAAGGAGGAGGCGGCCCACACCUUCGACUUCCUGUGUGACCUCAUCGAGAGCAACAACCCCAUUGUCCUCGGACCGGACAACUCCAACCUCCCCAAGAUCUUCCUCAUCAUCGCCGAGGGCGUGGCCAACGAGUCCGUGAAGAGCGAGGACGCCUGCAGCAAGAGGCUGGCCAACGUGGUCCGACAGGUCCAGACGUCGGGCGGCCUGUGGACGCAGUGUAUCUCCUCCCUCAACGAGGCCCAGACGAAAGCCCUACAGAGUCUGCUUAGCAGCGCCUGAGUCCCCCUGUCUCCCCCUCCUCCCCCAGACCCCCCCACCAACGCCGCCACUGCUCCCAUUUUAACGUGAAAUAAAGUCAAAACAUCCAGAGCCGGGAAAACCUCCCUCCCUCCGCUCAUGAGUACUUCCUCCUGCUGCGAACUCUUUGUGAAAGGACUGCUACACAAACACCGCCUCCCUCCCACCCUGAUCGGUGCCUCCCCCAGCCCCCUUCCUCCAACCCCAGCGCUACACCCUCACCCUCCUCACCCCCACCCUUUCCUGACACGAAUCUUGGCCAGACGGGCGGCAGAGCCAGCUGAAAACGGAGGGAAAUAAGCUCCUCCCACCCUCCGACAUUUUGUGUUUUUUGUUUUGACGGCGAUGUCGACCAAUCGAAGGCCUCCUCCUCCACCGCCCCCGCUGCCACCAUGAGCAGACUCUACACCGGCCUUGACGGAGUGCCGUUUGUCUGUCUCACGAUCCGAAAGCAGAUUAAUUGUCUCGUAUCUGGACUAUUUGUUUUUUCUUCUUUUUGGGGGAAGCUAUUUGUUUUAAGGGGUUUAUACAUAUAUUUUGUUUCCUUUCACGUGUUGCCCAGUGGAAACCAGUGAAACCAGUGGAGGGAGGGGGGGAGUCUCUGGUCGUCUGGGUCCCGGAUGGAGACUGGACAUUCAGGAGGACUCGGACCGAGAGGGGAAUGUGCAUGUGUGGCCGCCGCCUCCGCCUGUGAAUUUACUUUUUAUUUGUCAUGUUUUCUUUUUGGUUUAUGCCCAGUAUGGGACUGGGGAGAGGUCUUGAUGGACUGGGAAGAGGUCUUGAUGGACCAUUGCUUGGA